CGGAGCGCCAGAGGAUUCCGGAGACUUUCCCACAUGUGAAAAAAACACGAGGACACUAUUUAGAUGUUUUUCUCUUUAGCUAGUAUUGGUUCUUCGGUCAGCACCAAGAAAUAACAAUCUUUAGCAUUUUCUUUGAUUGACUUAACACAUUUUAUUUAACCUGAAUUCGACAUUUGUCGCGCUAGCAAACUUUUCAGCUCUCAAGUUAGGCAGAUAAUUUAAGUUAGCCACCUUGGUAACAUCUAACGUUAGCUAGCUAUCAUGGAUAACUCGGACGAAAAUUCGGUACAAUUCCACGGGGAUGAAGAGAUUAUAGAAGUCAUCGACCUUAACGAAACAGAGCAAAACCCAGAUGAUUUGGCGGAGGAGUUCGAGGACGUGGACGUAGGAGAAACUGAGAACGGAGACAAUGAACAGGAAGACUGGGAUACCGACGACGAGAUGGAGCAGGAAAAGGAGCAAGAUGACAGCGAACUCACCUUUUCCAAACACACGGGCUCCGUGUUCUGUGUGAGUCUGGACCCAGCCACAAACAGCUUGGCUGUGACCGGAGGAGAGGAUGACAAGGCCUAUGUCUGGAGAGUGAGUGACGGGGAAGUGCUGUUUGAAUGUACAGGCCAUAAGGACUCCGUGACAAGUGUUUUAUUCAGCCAUGAUUCUUCCCUGGUGGCCACGGGGGACAUGAGCGGGCUGAUCAAGGUCUGGAAGGUGGAGACCAAGCAGGAGGUGUGGUCCUUCGAGGUGGGAGACCUGGAGUGGAUGGAGUGGCACCCCUGCGCCCCGGUGCUGCUGGCGGGCAUGGCGGACGGUAACGUUUGGAUGUGGAAGAUCCCAGGGGGUGACUGUAAGACCCUGCAGGGCCCUGGCUGCCAGUCGACCAGUGGAAAGGUCCUGCCAGACGGGAAGAGAGCUGUGGUGGGCUAUGAAGAUGGGAACGUACGACUUUGGGACCUCAAGCAGGGAAAUGCCACCCAUGUGAUUAAAGGUCAUGAUGGACACCAGGGGGCGCUGACGUGCCUGGCCUGUAACAAGGACGGCUCUCUGGUGCUGACGGGCUCCGUGGACGGCCGUGCCAAGCUCAUCAACACUGCCACUGGCAAGGUGUUGGGUGUGUUCUCUGUGGACGGGGGCAAAGCCAAAGCUUCUCAGGAGGAUGCUGAGGAGACCAACUCGGUGGAGUCAGUGGGGUUCUGCAAUGUGUUGCCUCUGAUAGCGGUGGCGUAUCUGCAUGGGACCCUGGCUAUCUAUGACCUCUCCUCACAGGUCCUCAGACACAAGUGUCAGCACCAGGCUGGCAUUGUUAAACUGCAGUGGGAGGAGUCAUCCUCUGUGGUGUCCACCUGUAGUCUGGACGGGGCGGUGAGGCUGUGGGAUGCCCGCUCGGGAACCAUGGUGUCAGAGUACCGUGGCCACCAGGCGGAGAUCCUCGACUUCACACUCAACAGAGAAGCCUCUAUGGCGGUCACUGCCUCUGGAGAUCACCAGGCCAAACUCUUCUGCCUCCAACGGCCAGACCGUUAAUAAGAGGAGCAGAGGGAGAAAGAGCGAGAGAAAUGGGGAUGGACUCAACCCGGAUCGCGCUUUGUCGACAAUGCACCUUAAAGGCAAUAUUCCCGUUUUUGUGGAGACCGUUUUAACAGUGGACACUGCAUAUAUCGGCUCAAUCCGAAGUGGUCACUUAACCUCUCUGGGAAAUGUGGGACGGUAGCCAACAGCCAGUGAAAGCGCAGGGCGCCAAAUUCAAAACAACAAAAAUCUCAUAAUUAAAAUUCCUCAAGCAUACAUGUAUUUUACACCAUUUUAAAGAUAAAAUUCUUGUUAAUCCAGCCACAGUGUCUGAUUUCAAAAAGUCUUUACAGCGAAAGCACCACAAACGAUUAUGUUAGGUCACCACCAAGUCACAGAAAAACACAGCCAUUUUUCCAGCCAAAGAGAGGAGUCACAAAAAGCACAAAUUGAGAUAAAAUGAAUCACUAACCUUGAUGGUCUUCAUCAGUUGACAGUCAUAGGACUUCAUGUUACAUUUAUUGUGUAUGUUUUGUUUGGUCAAGUUCAUAUUUAUAUCAAAACAUAUUUAUAUCAAAACAUAUUUAUAUCAAAACAAUCUCAUUUUACUUUGGCGCGUUACGUUCAGUAGUUCUAAAACAUGCAGUGACUUUGCAGAGAGCCACAUCAAUUUACAGAAAUACUCAUCAUAAAUGUUGAUGAAAAUACAAGUGUUAUACAUGGAAUUAGAGAUAUACUUCUCCUUAAUGCAACCGCUGUGUCAGAUUUCAAAAAAACUUUACUGAAAAAGCAAACCAUGCAAUAAUCUGAGUACAGCGUUCAGACAACAAAGCAGCCUACAUAGACUACCGUAAUUUCCGGACUAUAAGCCGCUACUUUAUUCCCACGCUUGGAACCUCGCGGUUUAUACAAUGACGCGGCUAAUUUAUGGAUUUUUCCCGCUUUCACAAGAUUCAUGCCGCCAAAAAACUGAGCACCGUCACAUAAUGUGACGUAAAUCGAGCGCGCUCAAACUUCCCAUCAUUCUGAUUACGGUAGUAAUUUUGUCACCCUCAUCAUGGCAAAGACACGGAGAAAUGCAUAUGAUGCAGCUUUCAAGUUGAAGGCGAUCGAUCUGGCUGUUGGAAAAGGAAAUAGAGCUGCUGCACAGGAGCUUGGCCUUAAUGAGUCGAUGAUAAGACGUUGGAAAGCAGCGUGAGGAACUGACUCAGUGCAAAAAGACAACAACAGCUUUCAGAGGGAAGAAAAGCAGAUGGCCCAAAGUAUUUGCAGCCACUCGACAUCAGUGUAAAUCGUGCAUUUAAGGUGGCGCUCCUUGUUCAGUGGGAGGCUUGGAUGACAAGUGGGGAGAAAUCCUUCACUAAAACGGGCCGCAUGCGAAGAGCAACUUAUGGUCAAGUCUGCCAGUGGGUUCUGACAGCGUGGAGCAUUGUCAAAAAAUCCACUAUCAUCAACGAGUUUCGAAAGGCUGGACUGCUGCGUGUUGAAAGGGCAGCAUGAGCUCAGAAAGUGACGAGAGCGACAAUGAAAACGAUCCAACAUCGGAUGAAGCAAUUCUGAGGCUAUUCAACUCCGACACCGAAGGAGAUGGCUUCAGUGGUUUCAGUGCACAGGAGGAAGAUAGUGACCAAUGACUUUCUUGGUAGGCCACUGUUUAAUUUUUUACAAGCCGUGUUUCGUUUAAAGGCUGUGUAAAGUUAAUUUGUUUCAAUGUACCGGUAGGCACCUGCGGCUUAUAGACAUGUGCGGCUUAUUUAUGUACAAAAUACAUAUUUUUGAAUAAUUCAGUGGGUGAGGUUUAUAUUCAGGUGCGCUUAAUAGUCCAGCAAUUACGGUACAUAUUGUGUAGUCAACAUUAGUCAGAAAUAGCAUUAUAAAUUUGUACUUACAUUUGGUGAUCUUCAUCAGAAUGCACUCCCAGGAAUCCCAGUUCCACAAUAAAUGUUUGAUUUGUUCGAUAAAGUUCAUAAUUUAUGUCCAAAUAGCUUCUUUUGUUAGGGAGUUUGGUAAACAAAUCCAAAUGCGCGUGCAAGUCCAGCCGAACGUCAAAGAAAAGUUCAAAAAGUUAUAUUACAGGUCGUAGAAACAUGUCAAACUAAGUAUAGAAUCAAUCUUUAGGAUGUUUUUAUCAUAAAUCUUCAAUAAUGUUCCAAAUCGGAGAAUUCCUAUGUCUGUAGAAAAGCAAUGGAACGAGAGCUAACUCUCUUGUGACCGUGCGUCACGAGCUCGUGGCACUCUGCCAGACACCUGGCUCAAUCCCCUCUCAUUCAGCCCCCCUUCACAGUAGAAGCCUGAAACAAAGUUCUAAAGACUGUUGACAUCUAGUGGAAGCCUUAGGAAGUGCAACAACCCAUAUCCCACUGCAUAUUGGAAUGGCAAAGAGUUAAACUACAAACCUCAGAUUUCCCAUUUCCUGGUUGGAUUUUUCUCCGGUUUUCGCCUGCCAUAUGAGUUCUGUUAUACUCACAGACAGUUUUAGAAACUUCAGAGUGUUUUCUAUCCAAUACUACUAAUAAUAUGCAUAUAUUAGCAUCUAGGACAGAGUAGCAGGCAGUUUACUCUGGUCACCUUAUUCAUCCAUGCUACUCAAUACUGCCCCCCUGUCACCAAGAAGUUAAAUGGCACAUUGUCAACAAAGUGUUUUCUCACAACUGAGGGUUUUUGAACUGUCUUGUAUCGAUUGUGGUCUGUCUGAUCUAUAGUAGACCUGCAGUGUUCUAGAAGGUUCUAGAACUGCUAGCCAUUCUACUCAGGUUUCUCAAGUAGAACCCACACAAAAUAUAUACAUUCUAAGUGGUGUGGUAGUGUAGAUGUUGGAACACGUCAUCCUAGAGGCAAUGAAGCAUCUAACAGUAGACCAACCGUUGUGUGGUCCUUGAUUUAUUACUAAAUACACUUUCAACUACACCUUGGUGUUCCCUGUGCGAUUUGGUUUGAUGACAUUAUGAAUACACAUUAAGGUAAUAGAGCUACGUAGAGAUGGAGAUCUCGAUGAUGUCCCCAUAAUAUCUGGUGAUUUGUGGAGAGUAAUUCUCACUUUCUCCCUAAAUCACCCCAAAUUAUGUCAACUCAACCUUAUAGACAGUGGGGCAAAAAAAGUAUUUAUUUAGUUAGCCACCAAUUGUGAAAGAUGAGAAGCGUGUCAUUUUCAUCAUAGGUACACUUCAACUAUGACAGACAAAAUGAGAAAAAAAAUCCAGAAAAUCACAUUGUAGGAUUUUUAAUGAAUUUAUUUGCAAAUGAUGGUGGAAAAUAAGUAUUUGGUCAAUAACAAAAGUUUCUCAAUACCUUUGUUGGCAAUGACAGAGGUCAAGCGUUUUCUGUAAGUCUUCACAAGGUUUUCACACACUGUUGCUGGUAUUUUGGCCCAUUCCUCCAUGCAGAUCUCCUCUAGAGCAGUGAUGUUUUGGGGCUGUUUCUGGGCAACACGGACUUUCAACUCCCUCCAAAGAUUUUCUAUGGGGUUGAGAUCUGGAGACUGGCUAGGUCACUCCAGGACCUUGAAAUGCUUCUUACGAAGCCACUCCUUCGUUGCCCGGGCGGUGUGUUUGGGAUCAUUGUCAUGCUGAAAGACCCAGCCAUGUUUCAUCUUCAAUGCCCUUGCUGAUGGAAGGAGGUUUUCACUCAAAAUCUCACGAUACAUGGCUCCAUACUUUCCUUUACACGGAUCAGUCGUCCUGGUCCCUUUACAGAAAAACAGCCCCAAAGCAUGAUGUUUCCACCCCCAUGCUUCACAGUAGGUAUGGUGUUCUUUGGAUGCAACUCAGCAUUCUUUGUCCUCCAAACACGACGAGUUGAGUUUUUACCAAAAAGUUAUAUUUUGGUUUCAUCUGACCAUAUGACAUUCUCCCAAUCUUCUUCUGGAUCAUCCAAAUGCUCUCUAGCAAACUUCAGAUGGGCCUGGACAUGUACUGGCUUAAGCAGGGGGACACGUCUGGCACUGCAGGAUUUGAGUCCCUGGCGCCGUAGUGUGUUACUGAUGGUAGGCUUUGUUACUUUGGUCCCAGCUUUCUGCAGGUCAUUCAUUAGGUUCCCCCGUGUUGUUCUGGGAUUUUUGCUCACUGUUCUUGUGAUCAUUUUGACCCCACGGGGUGAGAUCUUGCGUGGAGCCCCAGAACGAGGGAGAUUAUCAGUGGUCUUGUAUGUCUUCCAUUUCCUAAUAAUUGCUCCCACAGUUGAUUUCUUCAAACCAAGCUGCUUACCUAUUGCAGAUUCAGUCUUCCCAGCCUGGUGCAGGUCUACAAUUUUGUUUCUGGUGUGAGAGCCAGAAAUCUUGCUUGUUGACCAAAUACUUAUUUUCCACCAAUUUGCAAAUAAAUUCAUUAAAAAUCCUACAAUGUGAUUUUCAGGAUUUUUUUCCCCCCUCAUUUUGUCUGUCAUAGUUGAAGUGUACCUAUGAUGAAAAUUAUAGUUCUCUCUCAUCUUUUUAAGUGGGAGAAAUUGCACAAUUGGUGGCUGACUAAAUACUUUUUUCCCCCACUGUAAAUAUAUUGGGCCCUGUUGAAAUACUUUAGAAAUGCAUCCGUCCUUCCUUUUCUGAAGUAAUCACGAAUCUGGAUUGGUGGAAAUAAUGUGAUAACUUUGCUUUCCCCUGCCCCAUCACUGACCUUAAGGAAACAUGGAAGGAAGGGUGCAUCUCUGAAGUAUUGGGACAGAGCCAUGGGCUUUGUUCUGCUGUUUGUUGGAACCAUUAAAGACGUUUUCAACCCAA